AUGAACCAACUCGAAGCAGCCAAGGAACAGCAGCGCCUUGACGCGAUCAUGAACCGGCGGGCCAUGGGUCUGUACUCUUCCAGCGGUGGCACUCGUACCCGCGCAGCCACCACCACUACCAACGCACCCAAGUGGGUCGCGCCAGCCACCAUCGCCCUCACGCCCAGCACAGCUCCCAGAGCUCCCACUGCAGCCGUCACAGCUGCCAGCAUUGGCACCGGGGCCUGCGCCCUUACGACCACCUCGGCCGCGUCGCCGCCGCCCGUGCCGCCGCGCUCGCCGGUCAUGGCCCCUCCGCCGGUGCCUCCUCGCUCGCCGCUGUUGGAGCCCACUUCGCCGUCGGCGGAGGCGGUGGUGGUGGCGAUCGACGACAACGAGGAGGCGCCGUGUGACGACCAGGCGUACCGAGCCAAAUGCGAGAAGCAGCGGCUCGACAAGUACAUCAGCGGUGAGUGGCGGCUGGCGAGGCUGCUCAGGGCCGACAGUGGCGUGACCAAGCCCAAGACCUCCUCGUCUGACGCCAUGGCCGAACGUCGACGCGAGCGCGACCACAAGGAGACGUGCGACGUCGCGACCAAGCGCGCGACGUCGGUCGACCCCUUGGAGACGGAGCUCACGCUGGUAUCGCUCUUCAUCGACGAGCUGGUGCACCUCCUGCGUAAGACCACCACAACCACAACGGGCUACGACAACGCGCAGGCCCUGGGCAUCGUCAGGAAGGCCAAGGAGGUCAAGGACGCCGCGGUCAGCAUCAUCACCACCUCCGCCUCGUCAUCUUCAUCGACUGCUCGCAUCGCGGACGACGUGAACGCGCUUGCGGGUGCGAUCGCACGCUUGGUCAACGGGUGGCGCGAGGGCACCGCCGUCGACGGAGAAGCCGCGGGCGGCGUUGCAAGCCAGGCCGCCCAACUCCAACAGCAACUGCGCCAGCUCGCCCAAUGA